AUGGCUGGGCUCAACCACGGUCCAGCACGAACACAGCUUUUCCGUGUCUACCCAGCCUCGUUCGAAGAGGCUGUUCGUAUCGCCCUUGCUGAGUCGGUCACUUUUGGCGUGAGUGCCGCGCUCUUCGACGCACGCUCACUCUAUCUGCACAAGACGCGCGAUCCGACCCGACUGAUCGCCGUCCGAGCAAGCGAACAUCCUCUUACGGUGGGCGUCCCCCAAAUGAUCUACUGGGCCACCUGGUCGAUCUGCGACCAGGCGGCGGGAAACGACAAGGCCCAGUAG